CGUCACUUCCGCUGGGGCGGGGCCUCGGGCUCUCCCGCGCAAAUUGAAAAGUCUUUGGUGCCCGGCUGCCACCCGGCCCUCUGUGUUCCGAGCCGCCUGCCUCGGGCCAGCUGGCCCAGGGCGAAAGGAAGCGAGUUCUCUGGAAUGGGCUUGCGGGCCGCUUGUGCACAGCCUGUGAACAGGAGUGGGGCGGCGAGGUCGCCGGUGUUGUAGCUGGCGUGCCGCUGGCGGGCGCCCUGAGAUGAUGCCUGCGCAGCGGCCCCCGGCCAUUCCCACCACGCUCCAGAGGAAACGUUUAUGCGAGCGUAUUUACCCAGCUUAGAAGAGACAUCAGCUUCACAGAAUGUGUGUUACGUCAGUUUUCCUCAAAGUGGAAGAAAACUCUUUUUAGAGGCAUUGUCUGAGAGGUGGGAGGCUGAUUGUUUUUGUCAAACUGCGGCUUGAGGAGCACCUGCAGCCAGAUUACCUGGAUUUAAACGUCGGAAUCCCCCCACCUGGCUCCGCAGCUGGUGAAUGCGCUGCUGAGCUAGAGCAUCCGAGUUUUGAUACAGCAUCAAGUUAACUCGGCACAAUGGGGAUACAAGGAUUGCUGCAAUUUAUCAAAGAAGCUUCUGAACCAAUCCACGUGAGGAAGUAUAAAGGACAGGUAGUAGCUGUGGAUACAUAUUGCUGGCUUCACAAAGGAGCUAUUGCUUGUGCUGAAAAACUAGCCAAAGGUGAACCUACUGAUAAGUAUGUAGGAUUUUGUAUGAAAUUUGUAAAUAUGUUACUCUCUCAUGGGAUCAAGCCUAUUCUUGUAUUUGAUGGAUGUACUUUACCUUCUAAAAAGGAAGUGGAAAAGUCUAGAAGAGAAAGACGACAAGCCAAUCUUCUUAAGGGAAAGCAGCUUCUUCGUGAGGGGAAGGUUUCAGAAGCCAGAGAAUGUUUUACCCGUUCCAUCAAUAUCACGCAUGUGAUGGCCCACAAAGUCAUUAAAGCUGCCCGGUCCCAGGGAGUGGAUUGUCUCGUGGCUCCAUACGAAGCAGACGCGCAGCUGGCCUAUCUUAACAAAGCUGGUAUUGUACAAGCCAUAAUCACAGAGGACUCUGAUCUCCUCGCUUUUGGCUGUAAAAAGGUGAUUUUAAAAAUGGACCAGUUUGGAAAUGGACUAGAAAUUGACCAGGCUCGGCUGGGAAUGUGCAGGCAGCUUGGGGACGUGUUCACCGAGGAGAAGUUCCGGUAUAUGUGCAUACUUUCAGGCUGUGACUACCUCUCCUCACUGCGUGGGAUCGGGUUAGCAAAGGCCUGCAAAGUGCUGAGACUAGCCAAUAAUCCGGAUAUUGUAAAGGUCAUCAAGAAAAUUGGACACUAUCUUAAGAUGAAUAUAACGGUACCAGAAGAUUACAUCAAAGGAUUUAUUCGGGCCAACAAUACCUUUCUUUAUCAGCUAGUUUUUGAUCCCAUCAAAAGGAAACUCAUCCCUCUGAAUGCAUACGAAGACGACAUUGAUCCUGAAACACUGAGCUACGCUGGGCAGUAUUUUGAUGAUUCCAUAGCUCUUCAAAUAGCACUUGGAAAUAAAGAUAUAAAUACUUUUGAACAGAUCGAUAACUACAAUCCAGACAUUGCUACGCCUGCCCAAUCAAGAAGUCAUAGUUGGAAUGACAAAACAUGCCAGAAGUCCUCUAAUGUUACUAGCAUUUGGCAUAGGAAUUACUGCCCUAGACUUGAACUGAAUAUUGCGUCAGAUGCUGUAAGAUUGAAGGAAAGUCCAAGUACUGUGGGCAUUGAACAAGUGAUCAGUGUUAAAGGAUUAAAUCUUCCAAGGAAGUCAUCCAUUGUGAAAAGACCAAGAAGUGAGGAGCUGUCAGAAGACGACCUGUUGAGUCAGUAUUCCCUUUCAUUCACAAAGAAGACCAAGAAAAGUAACUGUGAAGCUCAUAAAUCAUUGAACUCUGAAAUGCUCAUGCCUGACCUGGUAGAUGGAACUACUGUUAAAAAAAACAUAAGCACACCACCUACGACAAGAAAUAAAUUUGCAGCAUUUUUACAGAGAAAAAAUGAAGAAAGUGGUGCGGUUGUGGUUCCAGGGACAAGAAGCAGGUUUUUUUGCAGUUCUCUGGAUUCUGCCAACUGUGUAUCAGCAAAAGCAGGCGGUGAGCCCCCAGAAAAAAGUGCUGUCACAGAUGAAGAGGCCAGUGUAGCUGAACCAGAUCGUCAGGAUGGCAAGAAGCUGGCUGGUCCAGAUGGAGCACAUAAUUCAGAUGAUGAGGUUCCAUAUGAAAGUUCUGUCACAGAUGAAGAGGCCAGUGUAGCUGAACCAGAUCGUCAGGAUGGCAAGAAGCUGGCUGGUCCGGAUGGAGCAUAUAAUUCAGAUGAUGAGGUUCCAGAUGAAAGUUCUAUCGCAGAUGAAGAGACCAGUGUAGAUAAAUCAGACUGUCAGGAUGGCAAGAAGCUGGCUGGUCCAGAUGGAGCAUGUAAUUCAGGUGAUCAGGUUCCAGACAAUGCAACUAUGAUUGCUGAUGACACUCUAUGUUUGGAGACCAGCAAAUUCACAAGGACCAUCUCACCACCCACCCUGGGGACACUCAGAAAUUGUUUUAGCUGGUCUGGAAGUCUUGGAGAUUUUUCACGAACUUCAAGCCCCUCUCCAGGCGCAGCACUGCAGCAGUUCCGGAGAAGGACCGAUCCCCUCACUGUGGCACCGGAUCAGAGGGAAGCGUCUGCUGUGUCCCAGUUAAAGAGUGAGGAGUCUGGUGAUGGAGCGCCUCCCGUGCGGGCAGCGGCUUGGUGUCCAAAGUCUCAAGGAAGCCCAGAACUGUCACCACACAAUUUAAAUGUGUCAAAACUGUCUCAGCCUUCCAGUAAGGAUUCCGAUUCAGAGGAAUCUGACUGCAAUAAUAAGUCAUUUGAGGAUCAAGGUAAUCUGAAAUCCAAGCUACAUUUAUCUCAGUAUUCAAGAAAAGUCACACUUCUAAAAAACAAGAUUCCCGGGCUGUAUAAAUCUAGUUCUGUGGACAAUCUUUCUGCGACCAGGAUCAAGCCUCUAGUUCCAGCCCGAGCCAGUGGGCUCAGCAAGAAGCCAUCAAACAUCCAGAAGAGAAAUCAUCAUAAUGCAGAGAACAGGCCAGGAUUGCAGAUAAAAAUCAAUGAGCUCUGGAAAAAUUUCGGAUUUAAAAAAGAUUUUGAAAAGCUUCCUUCUUGUAAGAAGCCAGAUCCCCUGUCGCCAGUCAAAGACAACAUCCAACUAACUCCAGAAGCAGAAGAGGAUAUAUUUAACAAAUCUGAAUGCAUGCGUGUUCAGAGAGCAAUAUUCCAAUAAAUGCAGGCAGCUGGGAGGCUAUUGCCUGCAAGACAAUCUCUAUCAAUUUGAAGUGCUGUUUGGGAAAGGGUCAGUUACCAGACUGAAAGAUUUAUGCAUAGAUGUAAUGCCAUUUUUUAAAUAGAGUACAUUUUGUAUAUUAACUGUAACUAUUUCUUUUGUUCAGCUUUUUAUAUUUUGUAAGAAGCUAAAAUAGAGAAAUAAUUUUAUCCUUGACAGUUUUUGGAAGUUUUGAUGUUUUGGGGCAAGGCCCCUGGAAUUUAGAAAAAUCUACUCUGAAGGUUUCUGUCAUGUUGUCAAGUGUAAGGAUAGUAAAUGAAAAGCCACAAUUCUGUAAUCAUUUUAUCCUGGAGGGAAUCACUGUAUUUCCUCUCAGGGUUGAAUUGGAAAUAAAGUUUCUGGAAUGGGAGGGGUAGCUGGAAAGGUUAAAGUGUGAGCUGAAACUCCCUUAACUAGAGUCUUAGGUGUGGUGUAAGACACUAAAGCAUUAGGGUUGUGAAGAGUACACUCGACAGGGGUGGUCAGGUGUCCCAGACUAUGAGUCUGGAGUUCUCUUGUCCAGAAAGAGAGUGGAUGCAGAAUUGAAUACGAGAGGCUAAUGUCCAGGAGGAGACAAGAGCCCGGAACAGGGGUUUCGUCUCCAUAUCUAUUGAGCUUAUAAGGUAUUACCCAUGUGGUGAACGUGAGGAAAACAAGACCUUAUAUGUGUAAACAUGGAGAAAACAAUCAGACCGUAAUCAUUAACUUGUAUGUGUAAGAAUCAAAAGGUCUAGAGGGCAAAUGGAGUUUGUGAUCAAGGUAUAUUGGCUCCAGACGGAAAGCAAUUUCCUGCAGGUGAUAUAACAAGUUACUUGUGAUCCCAUUACAAUAUGUCACUAGCUAACCUUGGGUGCUUUUGCCCAGUGGUGGCGGCUUUCCACCCUAAGCUGUUUUUCUAACCCAUUUAUGUAAGUAGAACCUAUUUCCCCACAGUCAGGUACCUAGAAAAAACCAGCCAUGCAGGUGAAAAAACCAGCCAUGCAGGAGAAUAUCUGAAGGAAGGAAAACUCUGGCAGGGGGCAGAGGGUUUACCUGAGAUACAGAGGAUAAAGGAAAGAGAUCCAAAUUAUUUUAAUUUUUAAAUAAGAUGUGAUAGAGGACUCUUGGAUAAAGAGUCAGAAUGGGAGAAAAAAAAAAGUUGUAAGAAACACCAUAAAAAUUUUUAAAAACCAACAAUCUGGAAAAAAAAAAAACAAAUUUGAACUCUAUGAAUGUUUCCUGUUAUAGAACAAAUUACGAAUGUGAGUCAAACAUUGUCUACAAAUGUUUAUCUCCUUGCCCAUUUAAAAUGCCACUUAAAUGACAGAAAAGGAAUAAAACAGUUUAAAUCCAUAAAGGUUAACCGAGGAAGAGACAUCAGGCAAGGAAAUAUGGAUAAGUGGUGAGUGAUUUAGCAAAGAAAUGAUCAAUUCUGCAGUGGUAGAAGCCAACAGGAGGCAGACUUCAGAUGGGCUCAGCAACUGGCAACACAGCUUCCUUCAAAACCAGGGGCUGGAGGUAAAUCUGAAAAUGGAGCUGGCUGAAAACAUUCAAAACUGGUAUAGGAGGGUGGGGAGAUGGCAGGCAUGCCAUGGAUUAUCAGCCUCCAAAUCCCCACAUAACCAAGUGGAUAUCAAAAUCAAACACUUAUGAACAGCAUUACGACACAGGUGAUGGAGUUUCCUUAAAUCCCAAGAUAUAAGUGGGUGAAGACAAGCUCCCAACAGCAAGACCACAGGAUGGAGAAUCAGGAAGGCAACAGGGAGUCUACUGGAGCUGAGAACAGAAUUUCAGAAUAACCAUUAAAAUAUAGUAGGUCAUGUUGGACCCAGGAAAGCCUUUCCCACUCCCGUGGUAAGUGCUCGGGGCCUGCGUGACCUCUGAAGGAACUAAUGCUGACUGGUCCACGUGAACUGUUGCAUCUUAGCUGCCGACUUGGCCAAGGCUCCUUCUGGGACAGGGUCCCCCAUGGAAGAAAACUGGUGAGAGGAAGCCCAAAAUCGAGCAGGACAAACAACAGAAGCAAAGGAGAGAGAGAUGGUUGAAAUAGUGGGAGGAGCAAAGGAUGACCAAGAAAUCUCCACAGAAUACCUGUUUUUGAACACUUAGAAACAUUUGAUGUUCAAGAAGCUCCCAUGAACUGUGCUUCCUUCUCAAAGAAAACUAAUUUUACUUGAAACCCACGAGAAAGCUUUUGGAUCAAUCUCAUAAUUUAAAAAGAGCAGAAUACAUCUUUAUAGAUAUUGAAAAUCUACCAAAAAAAGUCCACAGAGCAGAUGAAAAACAGUCCGUUUGAAAAAUGUAAAAAUUAAGAAAAAGGAAUAUAGAUAUGAAGGAAAUUUAGAAUUGGAAAAAUUUAAGGCAAACCCAGAAAAGCAUUAGAAAUGGACAUUUCAGAAGUGAAAACUAAACCAGAAGUAAUACAAGAUAACAGAUACUACAGAUGAUACCUUACAAGAUGGGAAGUAAAAAUCUGGACAAAACGGAAAGAAAAAAAAAAAAGAUUAGGAAGCAACAAAUAUUGAAGAUAGGGACAGAAGGUGCAAUAUACAGGUAAUAGUCUCUAAAGGAAAAAAAUUGUAAUUUCAGAAAACUCUCCUAAUAAAAAAAAAAAAUUGAAACUUUUUAAAGGGCACUCUCAUACCCAAGAUUAUUGAUCCAAAACAUGCAACACCAAGACCUAAGUAGCAAAGUUACUUAAAAAGAAAUCCUUGGGGUAAGCAAAAACAGAUUUUUCCACAAUUACUUUUUACUUGAAGAAAAUGAACAUUUUGGGGGCACCUGGGUGGCUCAGUCAGUU